UUUCUCAGUCAGUUUGUGUGAGGGAGCCGUGUGGUCGUGACUUGGAUAUGGACACAGAAAGCACACACUGAACAGAUCUGACACACACUGACCUGCACAUAGAUAUGAAAAGAGGUGAAGAAAUUAAAGCAAAAACAGAAGAUAGAGGAAAAGGAAAAGAAGAGAUAGACAGAGGAGAAAGAGAAGAAGGAGAGACAGACGGCCAUGAUCUCGCUUCCUUAGUAGGAUGUAGGAGAAAAAGAGGAGAGACUGAAGAAGGAAAAAAAGAGACAGACAGCGAGAAGAACGACAGAAUUAUUAUAUCUGUAGGAACGAAGACAAAGAGGGCGACAGGAAUCAUAAAAGGUUGUGAUUUGAGACACCACCUGGAGUGGCUGGUUCACUCUCCACUUUUUCUGCUGCACUUCCUUGUUUUUCUCCGCCUCCCCAUACAAGCCCUGCACACUUUUUCACUCAGGCUUCCCCAUACAUCCCUCCGUCCGACAUCAUCAUGUGUCAUGUGAUUGUGACGUGCCGCUCCAUGCUCUGGACACUCCUCAGUAUCGCCGCGGCCUUCAGCGAGCUCAUCGCUUUCCUUAGCACUGAUUGGCUCGUGGGGUUCCCACGUGUACCUGACUCUGCCUCUGAGGCAACCAGUGAGGCCUACCGCCCCACACUGGGGCUUUUUGGGCGGUGUGUGUUUGUUGGCAGAGUCAUGUGUGGCCCUUACGCGCUGACAUUCAGUGAGAUCGCGAGCGGAUUCUGGAAGGCGGCAGCCAUUUUUCUGGCGACAGGAAUCCUGCUGCUCAGCGCCGUGGCCUUCACUUCCAUUUUCACCAUCUGUUUCCAGAGCAUCAUGAGGAAGAGCAUCUUCAAUGUGUGUGGACUACUGCAGGGCAUCGCAGGUCUGUUCCUGAUCCUGGGCCAGUUGUUGUACGCCGCAGGGUGGGGCAGUGAGAAGGUGAAGCAGUACUGUGGUGUAAACUCGUCGGCGUAUAACCCGGCGCUGUGCUCAGUGGGCUGGGCUUUUUACACAGCGCUGCUCGGCACUGUGCUCAGCUUCAUCAGCGCCGUGUUCAGCGCGCAAGCCGAGAUCGCCACAUCCAGCGACAAAGUCCAGGAGGAGAUCCAACAGGGCAAAAACCUCAUCUGCCUCCUCUGAGAGAGACCCACAGGAGAAACAGAGGCCCUGAUGUCAGGCACAUUAACAGCAGCGUGACAGCAAUCUAAUGACAAGAGAACAAAACCACUUUAAUUUCAUCUCACUACUAAAACUCUGCUCUUAUUGUGCUCUAACGUUGGAGAAAAUCCUCCUCCUUCAUUUUUCUCUUCAUGUCCUUUGCCUUUACGCGUUCAUUUGUCGUAUUGUUUUUGGUUUGUUGCUUAGAUUUGUUUUUUCUGCUCACUGAAAUGAAGAAUGAAUUUGUAAAUAAGUGUGUAUAUACUGUACAUAAUGAUGAUGAUGAUGAGGAGGAGGAGGAGGAAACAUCUCAGUGAUGAAGGUGCUGAAACCACUAAACCACUGUCACUUCCUGUUACGGGUCGAAGUUCUGCACAUGUUUAACCAGGAAGCAGGAAGUUUACUCCCGCUGUUCCUGGAUCAGUUCCUGGUUGUAAAACACAAGUAGACCUGCACAGGUGAAACUGACUCCGGAUGAGUGGACCAAAGGAGCCAAGACCUUUGUUAAGACUCUUCUGUGGUAUUUUAACAAGACUCUUCCUCCUUAACUUUUUCUUUCUUUUUCUGCUCAGCCCUUUUCCUUUACCUCUUAUUAUUCUCAUAUUUUCCUUCCUCUCUCCAUUUUCUUCAUAUUUUCCCAUAUCCUUUCCGUUUCCUUAUUUACUUCCUCAUAGUCUCAGGACAAAAAGCAAGAGGAAGAGCGAUCGUUGUGCGACAGGAAAAGCCCUAAAGUAAUUUGUUCUUAUACAUCCAUUGAGUGUGUGUGUGUGUGUGUGUGUGAGAGAGAGAGAGAGAGAGAGAGAGAGAGAGAGAGAGAGAGAGAGAGA